ACCCCGGCCGUGUCCGAGACUUCGACCCAGCGAGCUGCCCGCAGCGCUAAGAUUGACGGCCCAAAGCCAUGGAAUGCGGACCCUACUGUUGAUAAGGUAGCUUUCGAGAUCUUCUACCGACAGCUGAUGAACAAGUUGGAGGCCAACGCCGAUCACUUUACAACUGAUCGAGCCCGCAUGGCUUACAUUGAGAACUGCCUGGCCGGCACCGCCUCUGACACCAUUGACCCUUACGUCUCCAAUGACCACCCCGACCCUGUCACGACGAGUGAUGGACUGUUGGACCUCAUUUGGCACGAGUGGCACGACCCGAACCGCCUUGAGGUCGCCAAGGAUGAGUACAAUGAGUUGGAAAUGAAGAGCGGAUCCGACGACUACAUUGAGUUCAAGAACAACUUCGUCCGUCUCGCUGGAAAGGUCCACAAGCCGAAGUCGGAAUGGAUCGAUGAGUUCCGUCGUAAGCUACAUAGUAGCUUCGUUACUGCCAUGAUGCCGGCCUUCCUGGCCCCCGAUGCCACCUUUGAAAGCAUCGCCAAGUACGGACAGAGUAUCGCUCGGAACUUCGCCCAAUCUCGUCAGCGUCGCGAAGCCCGCAAGGACAGGAAACCUGUUGCCGGAGCAAAGAAGAACGCAG